AACCAGAAAGGAGAGAAAAACAAACCCUAGGAGAAAGACAAUUGCCCGGGCCCGGCCCGGACUUUGGCACCCUGACGCAGGCAGCAUCGACGGACUAGCGAGGAGGAACAUGGCUGCCGACUCCCUGGAGCCCCGACUCGAUCGUCGCGGCUCUCUGUUCGAGCGCCGGGAUUCUCAAGUCGUACCCGGCUUCGAUCCGUCCUUGGACCCCACGAUCCAGCAGCUGUUCGACCAGCAAGCUGAAAUCCAGGAGAAACUCGCUGCCCUGCUCCCCGCCAAACAUGUGCCAAACAGUAAGCUCGAGUCGGACAUGCUCCGUCGCAAGCUCAGAGCCCUCGAGGCCUAUGCGAAAAGUCAAAACAUGCUGGGUACCGUCCCCGUCCUCUCCGACGCCGAGGAAGCACGCGCCUUACAGUACAGGUGCGAGUGCAUCGAGAGCUUCUUGAUUGACCAAGGCCUGGAUCUCCACAAUACGCAGUUCCUACGCGCGCUGAAGCAACUCGGCCAGGAGGAUGCGCCGCCCGGAUACGACACCUGGCUGGACAGGAACACCUCGUUUUACGACCCCAUCUUCCGGGGGUGGAGGAUGAGAGGGGCCAUACCUCUAAUCUCCAGGCGCCAGUCCUCAUUCAAGUGUUGGGAUGACCGGUGCGCGUAUUAUGUAUACGGGUUCUCGAAUCCCGAAGAGCGGGACGAACAUCUGAAGCAACACGUCCUUCCGCUGAAGCGGGACUCGGGCCUCUCCGUCGGCAGCAUCCCCCCCAUCGUCUUUGCAGAGCAGCCGUCCUCCCGACUAUUCGGCCCCGAUCACAUUGGUCGCGGCUCGCCAGCUCCGUUGCCGCGGCUCUCUGUCCCCCCCUCCCUACCUCCGCUGGUCACCGCCAAUCCGCCGAGAGAUCGGCGCGAGUCGACGCUUGCAUUUUCCUUUUCGGGCGAGGCACCCACCCAGUCCAGAGGCUCCAUGGACUCCGAGCCCGACUCUCUGCUUCCACCCUUGAAGCGAAGCCGAGUCGGACACUCGAGACUCGAGUCUAUAGGCGAGCUCAGGCUGCCACGUGAUACCGGGCCGUGUCUGCGCUGCAAAGUCUACGCAAAGCCGUGCGAUUCCAAAGACGAUUGCUCGUUUUGCGCGGAGCCCGCUAGCUCCGCCCACGACGAGUUCUGGAGCGCGCUCGGUUGCCAUCGCGGCCCUCUGGUCGCGCUGGCGGACUAUAUGCUGCCAGAAGCGCUGUCCCCGAGACAAGUGCACACGCCCGUCACAUCGCCGCUGGCGAGGCGGCGAAACAUGAACGAGUAUCUCGAGCGGACUUAUCUCGUGAGCCAGAACAUGUCGGACAUGGUCAAGUCGCACCUCGACUUUGACGACGGCUUCUGGUGGACGGAAGACCUGGCGUCUCUGCCGAUGCCUAACCCUACUUUGGCGACGUACUCAAAGGAAGCCAAGGACAAGCCGCCACCCGUGCUGAAGGUAUUGGCGGCUAGCUGGAACGCCGAGAGCGUUCCCUUCCAAUUCUGGGAGAUGUUCAGGCUCACGGGCUACAUGUCGGAGAGCCGGGAGGCAGAGGCCGUGACGUAUCCUCUUCUCUAUCGCGCCAAGCUACUCCUCCGGGAGAUUCUGUUCUACGACCUGCAGCAGCCCGAGCCGUCGAUACGCACCGAAGUCAACUUGACCAACGUCACCAACACCCCGAGCUCGCCGGACGACAUAGACUACGAGGGGAGGAACCGGCUAAUUUACAACUGCAUGGUCCAGUUCCUGCAGUCUUUUGAGAGUAUGACCAUGCGAAGAGUUAUUUCGGACCCCAAGAGUUGGCUAGCUGUCUUCGCUUCGCUGUGCAUUUUUAGCGUCGUGAGGACCAUACUGGCAGAUCUCAUAUCCACGCCGUCGCGAGCUAUUUCUGCACAGGGCCCAGCCGGGUGCCCCAUGUCCGCCGGCGCCGCCGCCAUGCACAGUGUAUAUAAGGUGCUGGUGAGCGUGUUUGCGUGGUCGACGCCCAUGAUACUCGACGAUCCCGCCCUGGAACUGGACACCAACGACCGCGCUUUAUUCAACGCUAUUACUUUGGCUAUUCGAAAGGAUGACUGGAUUUCGCUGGGGAUUCGCUCGUCGAAAGAUUUCCUUCUUGGCCUCGGGAGCGGCUAUCUGGACAAUAAUGUCGGGUUCAAUGGCUUCUUUAGGCAGCGGACGCCCAUUUAUCGGCACAUCUCGUAUCAGCAGCCCGUCGUUAGCCAACCCGGCGAGGCUCGGAAGUCCGUCCCGCAGUGGCGCCCGAUCGAUCCUUGGGCAACCCGAAGCGAUCAGGAGAUGCUACCUACCGCUUUCGCCAUGGAUGGCCCCGAGCCCGCAAGGAGGCACACCGUCGGCGAAAACCCCGUCUUCACCCGCGCGAUCGCGAGGGGGCUCAACUCCCCAUCGAAGCUUAGGACUUCGUACCAACGGCCGCCGCUGCGGCGCGUGUUCUGUACUAAGUGCAACGAAUAUCCCGAAGGGUUUCGCGGAGAGCACGAGCUCCGAAGGCACAACGACGCUAAGCAUGCUUCCUUGGUGAAGCGGUGGGUUUGUACCGAACCGCAGAAUUCGAGUCCUAACUCUCCACAACCCGUGAUACCGCUUUCGAAGUGCAAGGCUUGCGUUACACAGAAGCGAUACGGCGCUUAUUACAACGCCGCAGCUCACCUCCGUAGGGCCCACUUCCACCCGCACCGGAGCGGCAAAGCCAGCGGCGACUGGCCGCCGAUGAAUAUCCUCAAAGAUUGGAUGCGAGAGGUCCGGCAGUCGAUCGAUGUUCACGAGAACGACACGUCGAGCGGAGAGGAAGAUAACGAUGUUAGGAUGAUGGAAGAAUAUCCGUUACCCCGGCAAUCAUCCUUCGUGGAAGCUCCGCGGCUCGCGCCAGCACCCCCCCAGGGGCCGUUGCUGGCGCCUUCGAUAACGCCGUCCCUGGACAGCACGGCCCACGGCAGCCCAGUCAUACAGAAAGCCGAAGACAACCGAAACCGCUGCCCCCACCCCGAUUGCGGCCGGGUGUUCAAAGAUUUGGCUGCGCAUAUGUUGACGCAUCAGGAGGAGCGACCGGAAAAAUGUCCGAUAGAGAGCUGCGAGUAUCACACAAAAGGCUUUGCACGGAAGUACGACAAGAAUAGGCACGCCCUGACGCACUACAAAGGCACGAUGGUUUGCCCUUUCUGCCCCAAUCCGGGCACACCAUACGAGAAGGCCUUCAAUAGGGCCGACGUUUUCAAGCGACACCUGACCGCUGUGCACGGCGUGGAGCAGACGCCGCCGAAUAGUCGGAAGAUGAUCAUCACCGGGAACAGUUCCCGCAACGGCGGCGAUGCCAAGUGCUCCAUCUGCCAGACGCGAUUUUCGACGGCACAGGAGUUCUACGAACAUUUGGACGAUUGCGUCCUGAACGUCAUCGUCCCUACGACGCCGAAAUCGCUAAAAGAUCGGGUUUCCACGCCUCAAAAAGGCGACGAGAGGAGCGUCGUCGUCGUCGUGGAGGAGUCUGACGACAAGGGCAGACUCAAGGGGGAGGAUAUCCUCGAUAUGUCGACGACCAAAGCCUUGGAUCCGAUCAGGGGAGAUAAGAUGGAUGUGGAUUCGGAUAGGGAUUAGAAAGAAGGACGAGAUUCUGUGUAUAUAUACGUAGCUUGGGCCGAAAGCGGGAGUAAAGGAGUCGGGGUGGGGAAGGG